UUCUAUUGGUAAAAUAAUUAGGUUUAUGCCUAGCUAAAAAGAGAACAUGGCAAGCGGGCAGACAAAAGAAACUCAGACAGGCAGUUUUAAGCUCCAGCCUCAAAGCACAGGACACCUCUUUGAACCGACAAGGCGGUGGCUGUUUCAACCUCCCAACUCCUAAGAAAAUUAAAAACCCUCCCUUUUCAAACCACUCUCCUACUUAUUUCUCUUUUGGCUCAAAACAACUUAUCUUGUAUUCAGAUUUUUAAUUGCGAUUCCCUCAAGCACGAUUCUUUCAUUGUUGAUAACAUAUUAGUGGGUGUUUAAAGUUAUUACUGUUUUUGUCCUCCAAAGCAUGGAACUCAAGAGGCUCCCAUGGUGGAAUAUUGGUGAAUUUCAAUAUGGUUGUUAAUGGGUUUUUGUUCUUAUUCAAGAAUAUGUUUUGUUCAAUCUGGUUUGCUUCGAGAGGUAGUUGUUCACUACAAGAGAUGUCUUUUAAGAGUAUAUUAUUCUGCUUCAUCUGCAUUGUUGUUGGAAGACAAUGUCUUUGAUUGCAAUCCUAAGGAUGAAAGUGGUUCUGAUGAAGUUGGAGAGCUUCAAGCUCCAAGGAAGAGGUUCAAGUUUUGUAGAAACCUCGGGCAUUUUCGGUUUGUUGUGAGUGUAUUUAAAUCGUUGAAUUGGGGCAUUGCAAAGAAAAUUAGGUUUAAUGAGGCUGUAAAGAUGUAUGGGUUUGAUCAUUCAAUGUAUGCGUUUCGGAUCAUCAUUCAUAUAUUUGCUAUGGCUGGGAUGCAGAUGGAAGCACAUGCUUUGCUUAGAGAUAUUGUUUGCUAUUACCAAGAAGUUAAGAGUGAUAUUUUCGAAUUAUUACCAUAUUUGUUGGAUUCACCGGAGCAUGUCCAUAGAUCAGUUGAAGUUUUCAAUGUUCUCAUCAAGGUUUUUGCAUCCAAUUCGAUGCUUGAGAAUGGUGUUGAUGUCUUUGUGCAGGCUAAAAAAAUGGGGCUCGAACUAAAUAUUAUGUCAUGCAACUUCUUGCUCAAGUGUUUGGUAGAAGCAAAUAGAGGAGAAUUUGUGAAAAGUUUGUUUGAAGAUAUGAAGAACUCUGGGCCAUCACCUAAUGUUUACACCUAUACGAUUAUGAUGAACUUUUAUUGUAAAGGAUAUCAUGGUGGGGAUGUAGAUAUCAGACAAACAACUAAACUUCUAGAGGAUAUGGAGAGAGAUGGGAUAAAUCCAUCUGUUGUAACAUACAGCACAUAUAUUCAUGGAGUUUGUAGAGUAGGUUUUGUUGAAUUUGCUCUAGAUUUCAUUAGGGUUUUGAGAUUUAGAAAUCAACCUAUCAAUAGUUUCUGUUAUAAUGCUGUUAUUUACAGGUUUUGCCAAAAAGGUGAACCGUAUGAAGCUUUGAAGGUUUUGGAAGAAAUGAAGAAUUGUGGAAUAUCACCAGAUAUUCAUAGCUACAGCAUUUUGAUUGAUGGGUUUUGUAAAAGAGGUGAUUGCGACAAAGGUCUCAAUUUGAUUUACGAGAUGAUACUAAAUGACAUGAAGCCUUCACUUGUUAGUUAUACCUCACUCUUUGAUGGUCUUUGUAAGAGCGGAUUGGCAGAUGUUGCACUGAGUUUGUUCUGUAAUCUUGGCACUGCUGGAUAUGAAUAUGACACGGCUGCUUACAGUGUCUUGCUCAAGGGAUUUUGUCUUGAAGGUGAUCUGGAUUCUGCCAUGGAACUUUUUAAGGAGAUGAUCAACAAUAGCUUAAUUCCUACUGCCAACAGUUUCAACAGGUUGAUUCAUGGGUUCUGUAAGAUGGGCCUUUUGGAUAAAGCCUUGGAACUUUUCAGCAUCAUGCUGCAAAGUGGUGUCUCACCUAAUAUCUUCACUUUCAAUGUAAUUGUUGAUGGGUAUUGCACUGCAGGCCAUUUGGAGGAAGCUUUGAAACUUAUAAAUGAAAUGCAUGAGUUUGGCAUUUUUCCUAACUCGUAUACAUAUAAUGAAAUUAUUAAGAGGCUUUCUAUGCAUUGCAAUUCAGAAAAAGCUUGGGAACUUCUUCCUCUAAUGCUUAAGAAGAAUAUUCUUCAUAAUGUCCAUUAUAGCAUUCUUAUAGAUGGAUUUGCUAAACAGUCGAACCCAAAGAAGGCCUUGAUGUUGUACACAAGAAUGUUAAAGCUUGGGGUCACACCAACCACUGUUACAUAUACAAUUCUUAUCAACAUAUUCUGCCAUAGGAGCAAAAUGGAUGAAGCAUGCAGUUUGUUUAAGGACAUGAUAGAAAGGGGUUUGAUUCCUGAUACCAUUUCUUACACGUCUGUUAUAUUUGGGUUUUGUAGAGUAAGGGAUAUGAGGAAGGCUUGGGCUUUUUAUACAGAGAUGCAGCAAAGAGGUUAUUCACCCAAUGUUGUCACCUACACCUGUCUAAUUGAUGGAUUUUGCCAUGUACACAGAAUGGAUAUGGCCAACUUGUUAAUUGCUGAAAUGAAAAGACGGGAAAUCAAUCCUGAUGUGGUGACUUAUACUGCCCUAAUUGCUGGGUACCAGAGACUUGGCAAUAUUGAUAGAGCACAUGAGUUGUUAGCUGAAAUGAAAAGGAAGGGUAUUUUGCUAGAUGAUGUUGCCUAUAGUAGAUUGGGGGUGGAUUUUGGGGUGGCUACAUACAAAUAGAAAAAUGAGGAAAUGAUGAAAGAACGGGACAGUUAAGUGUUGAUAACUGUUGUUAUAUUACUGUUUUGGUUUGUGAACCACAAACGGAGCACUACUUCAUGGUCCUCCUGGCACAUGAAAGACUUCUUUGGCUCAAUUAUGUGUCCAUGAUGCUGGUCGAAGCUUUUCUAUGUGAAUGGAUUUCAUAUUGCUAGUCAAUUUAUAGGCAAAUUUAACAAGUAUUGCGGGAAAUUUCUUAUUCAGCUACACAGGCUGCAGCUUCUGUGGCUAAAUGCUCGUCAAGAGUGGCCCUUUGCAGAUUCUCCAAAAGGCCAGGAUGAAAGUGACCCGGUACCAUGCGUGAGGUAACAGGGAAUAUGUUGGCCGUCAAAACACAUUAAUCAGACAAGGGUGGCCAGCAAAGAUUUAUUUGAAUCAAGAGCAAUCAGCUAAGUUCCGAAGGCGUGUGCACUGCAUUUUACUGGUUCACCAUUGGGUAAACACUUCUUUUGCUACAAUUUUCUCUGAUUAUAGCAUUGACAUGUUGCUUGGUAGGGUGGACUAUUUGCCUGAGAUAAGCUGAAUAUAUCUAUGGUCGUGAAUGGCACGUUCAAAUUGAAGCUUAAUAUUAUUAAAAAUAAUGGAAAUUUCCCAAUGUAUACUAUGGCCCCUCAGGCUUUGUCGAUUUUCACUUUAAUAGCGAUAUUCUUGGCAGCGCAGGAGUAAUAGUAGUGCAAAUAAACAAUGGGAAUGACCUGAAGGCCUUAAGCCAGCUGGUACUUAUCUGAUCUGGUGGGAUAACAAUCCAUUCCAUUUCCAUAGCAUUGAUCAACCUGCUGCCUGGAGAUCAAAUAAAUUGGUAGAAGAAGUUGAGGGAAGAAAACAAUGUUUUCAGAGGGUUUUGGAGGAAUAAAUGUUGCCCGCACAUCCAAUUCAUAAGCAUUGUGUCAAGCGAAGAUGUAAAUCCCAGAUUUUAAAUCUUCAAGUACCUUGCAUUUUGCAAUAUGUAAUAGUAACACUUGCUCUUGCUAAUCUGUUUAUGUUGUUGUCAGUAAGUUUUUAAUAAGGUUACUUAGUUUUCAUAUUAUUUUGAUUUCGUAAUUUUAGUCUAAUCAUUAAUCCAGUCAAACUUUUGCUGAUAAAAAUACUAACCCGAUCUUGGACUUGAUGAUGUAAAUGUUGAUCUUACCAAUGAGAUAUUGAUUUUGUGCCA